CCCCAGUGCACCAAGUGCGCGGGGGCCUCAGCAUGGCAGGCCUGGUCCAGCUCAAGUCGGGGCUGCUGCUGGCUGUGCUGGUGGUGACCGCGAUGGCAGCUCAGCCUGCCCUUCUGCUGACCUUGCUGUCCUCAGGCCAGGGUGCUCUGGACCAGGUGGCACUGGGCGGCCUGUUAAAUACACUGGCGGCCCGUGUGCACUGCGCAGAUGGGCCGUGUGGAAAGUGCCUGUCUGUAGAUGACGCCCUGGCCUUGGGCAGGCCUGAGAAGCCAGGGCCCUCUCGGGCGUCAGUCCUGGAGCCUGGGCACAUCGCCCGUCUCAGUGCUGCUGCUGCCCUCUACCUCAGCGACCCCGAGGGCACAUGUGCAGACAUCCGGGCCGGCCGCUGGGCUUCCCGCGCCGACCACCUCCUGGCCCUGCUUGAGGGCCCCGAGGCCCUGACCCCAGGCCUGAGCAGGCUGCUGCAGAGGAUUCAGGUCCAGGCCAUUGGCCAGUCCACUGCAAAGGAGGCCUGUGUGGACCUGCCUCAGCUGCUGGAGGAGGCCGCAGGGGCGGGGGCUCCCGGCAGCCCAGGCCCAGUGCUAGCCGUCCUGCUGGACCAUAUCAGGAGCGGAUCCUGCAUCCAGGCCCUGCCGACCCCCGAGUACUUUGUGGACUUUGUGUUCCGGCAGCACAGCAGCGAGAGUCCCAACAUCACACUGGCUGAGCUGGAGGCCUUGAUGCAGCACCUGGGGAUAGGUGAGACCCAUGAAGACGACGAUGACCACAGUCAUCUGGGAAAAGGGGCCAACUACCAGGGCCCUGUGCGCCUUGCCACCCCCAACAGCAGCUCCAGCACGUGGGACACAGUAUGUCUGAGUGCCAGGGAUGUGAUGGCUGUGUAUGGACUGUCCGAGGAGGCUGGUGUGACCCCAGAGGCCUGGGCCCAGCUGAGCCCUGCCCUGCUCCAGCAGCAACUGAGUGGGGCCUGCAGCCUUCAGCCAGAGUCCUCCACCCAGGACCAGCUCAGCCAGGCGGAGAAGUACCUGUAUGGUUCGCUGGCCACACUGAUCAUCUGCCUCUGCGCGAUUUUCGGUCUCCUGCUUCUGACCUGUGCCUGCUGCAGCACUGCGACCCACUACGUCAUCCAAACCUUCCUGAGCCUGGCCGUGGGUGCGCUCACCGGUGAUGCCCUCCUGCACCUGACGCCCAAGGUGCUUGGGCUGCACUCGCACGAUGGGGAGAGCCUGGACCCACAGCCCACCUGGCGCCUGGUGGCCAUGCUCGGCGGCCUCUAUGCCUUCUUCCUGUUCGAGAACGUCUUCAACCUCUUGCUGCCCUCACACCCGGAGGACCCGAAGGACGGGCCCUGCAGCCACGGCCACGGCGGCCACAGCCACGGCGUGUCCCUGCCGCUGGCGCCGAGUGAGCUCCGGCCACCCAAGCAGCCCCACGAGGGCUCUCGUGCUGACCUGGUGACGGAGGAGAUCCCGGAGCUGCUGAGCCAGGAACCCCGGAGACUGAGCCCAGGGCUAAGGCUGCUGCCCUAUAUGAUCACGCUGGGCGACGCCGUGCACAACUUCGCCGACGGGCUGGCCGUGGGCGCCGCCUUCGCAUCUUCCUGGAAGACCGGGCUGGCCACCUCGCUGGCCGUGUUCUGCCACGAGCUGCCGCACGAGCUGGGAGACUUCGCGGCCUUGCUGCAGGCCGGGCUGUCCGUGCGCCGGGCGCUGCUGCUGAACUUGGCCUCGGCGCUCACGGCCUUCGUCGGCCUCUACGUGGCGCUCGCGGUCGGCGUGGACGAGAACAGCGAGGCCUGGAUCCUGGCAGUAGCCACCGGCCUGUUCCUCUACGUGGCGCUCUGCGACAUGCUCCCGGCCAUGCUGAACAUGCGGGACCGGCGACCCUGGCUCCUCUUCCUGCUGCACAACGUGGGCCUGCUGGGCGGCUGGACCGUCCUGCUGCUGCUCUCGCUGUAUGAGGACAACAUCACUUUCUGAUAGCCCCCGCCCCAUUCGCU